UCACAUGACUCUUUAUUCUCUCUUACUCAUCUCUACCACCAUCAUUUGCCUGCUUUCUUUUCUUUUUUUUUUUCCUUCUCUUUCCUUUCUCUUUACUCAUCCCUUAAACGCCAGCUCUGAUCACGUUUUGUCCGCAGUUUGUAUCUUCAUUUUUUUUUGUAAUUCCCUAACUUCCAUUUCAUCAUCAUUUCCUCCAUCUUCUUUCUGACACAAAAAGUUCAGAUUUUGAUCCAAAAUUCCUGUUUUCUCAGCUUAAUUUCACAUUCCUCAUAAAACCCACUUCUCAAAUCUUCCAAAAGUUUAACCCAUUUCAGUAAAGGUAUCAUCUUGCUUUGUUUUAGGUUCAGAAAUUGUAUAAUUUCGACAUUUUGAGCUGCAAUUGAAGUUCAAUUUUUCUAGGUUACACUUCUUCAAAUCCCAUCUGGUAAAGUUUUCAACUUUUUACUCUUUUUAGAUUCUAAAUGGAUUGAUUUGAACAUUUUGAAGUUGCAAAUAAGCUUUAUCUUUAUGGGUAUUUCCAAAAUGGAAAGAAUAAUGGGGGAUUCUACUAAAAUAAGGAAAAGGGGUUGUUCACCAUCGUCAUCAACAUCAUCUGUGAUCCAAAACUACAAGUUCAAAAGAGCAAUUUUAGCAAAAAAGAAAGGAGGAGGUUUGAAUGGAGGUGGAGGAUCUUCUACACCAGUACCCACUUGGAGAAUGGUGGGUUCUCGAUCACCAUCAAUUGUUUUACGGGUUUCAGCAACAACCGGGGCUUCACCCAGGUAUCCACCAAGCAUUUCGGGUCGAUCGAGGUCCGGAAAAGGCCAAGGGACUGGACAACCACCGGUGUCGGCCCGAAAAUUGGCAGCCACAUUGUGGGAGUUGAAUGGAGUCCCAUCUCCUAAUCUAAGAGGGCAAGAGAAUUUAAAGGAAAAAAGGCGUGGAAGAAGAGAAAAUACUAGAAGGUCUUGGAAUUAUUCGGGUUCUCUUCCUCCUCACUUGUCGGAUCCUUCUCAUAGUCCUGUUUCUGAGAGAAUGGAACGAUCUGGAAAUAGUAGUCACCGAAAAAGAGAAUCAUCCAUGUCUAGGAAACUAAGACUUGAGCAAUUUGAUUCUGUCAGUAAUGCCAGCUUCAUGGAGAUAGAGACUAGAUCGCGAUGCCAGACCCCAUCUGGAUCUGCAGCGGGUGGAAGAACUCGUCUGAAGGAUGUUAGUAACGCGUUGACUACAUCUAAGGAGCUCCUAAAGAUCAUAAGCCGUAUGUGGGGUCAGGAACAUCAACCUUCUUCAAGCAUGUCUCUCAUAUCUGCCUUACAUGCUGAGCUCGAAAGGGCUCGCUUGCAGGUCAACCAGUUGAUCCAGGAAGAUCGAGCAGACAGCAAAGAGAUGAACUACCUUCUGAAGUGCUUUGCUGAAGAAAAGGCCGCGUGGAAGAAUAAAGAAAAAGAUGCAGUGGAGGCUGCGGUUGAGUCCAUCGCAGGAGAGCUUGAGGUAGAACGGAAGCUUAGGAAGCGAUUUGAGAGCUUGAACAAGAAGUUAGGUAAAGAACUCGGGGAGACAAAGCUGUCGUUGCUGAAGGCGGUGAAGGAGCUUCAGAACGAGAAGAGGGCAAGAGUGAUUAUCGAACAAGUUUGUGAUGAGCUAGCGGGAAAUAUUGGUGAAGAUAGAGCUGAAGCAGCGGAGAUAAAGAGAGAGUCAAUACGAUUACAAGAAGAAAUGGAGAAGGAACGAGAGAUGCUUCAGAUAGCUGAGGCAUUACGCGAGGAAAGAACUCAAAUGAAACUUUCGGAUGCAAAGCAUCAAUUUGAGGAGAAAAACGCAGCUGUUGAUAAGCUGAGAAAUGAGCUCGAAACGUUCCUUAGGACUAAUCCAAGUAAAGAAAAUGGAUAUGAUCCCGUUUACCAGAGAAGGGACGGAGAUUUGGCCUUUUGUCGAAGUCAAGCCAAGGAAAGUGACAGGGGCGAAGUAGAAAAUUCAACCGAUGAUGAUGAAAACUCGGGUGAAAGUGAUCUUCAUUCCAUAGAACUAAACAUAGAUGAUCCUUAUAAGAACAACUACAAGUUGACGAGUGCGUCUAUGACGCCUAGAAAAUCUGAAAGGCAUUCGGUUGAUGAGCAACUCAAAGGAAGGAAAUCAAUAUUCAACCAAGUAGCUCGAAAAAGCACUUCUUUACUUAGAAGUGUGUCGCAUAUAGUCGACUGGGGUAACGGCUCAAAUCAUGAAAUCGACAAACAAGUUCCAAGGAGAAGUUGCGGGGAUGAGAUACAGAGGUAUAAAUCAGGGAAAGGUCAGCGGGAUCAUGCAUUGCCUAGUUCUAGGCUCGGGCUUGAUAGAGAAUACGCUAGUCCAUCGAGCCAGCAGGGUUCACCAUGGCCAUCUCGGGAACCAUGUAAUGUCACAUUGCAAAGACCUAUGACGAUGGAAGGGAAUGGAACUAGGGGAAGGCUCGACAAAGGAAGAGUUGACGGUGGUCAUAACUCCAGGAGAUUAAGAAGAUGAUAUGAACAUUUUCCUUUUCAAAAGUUAAUCUUUCAGAGCAAUUGUCUUGUUGCCUGAUGUGUUUUUCUUACUGUGAGUGUAUCUUUUUUGUAAAGUAGGAACUAAGAAGUAUGUUUAUGGUUAUUGUACCCUUAUUCUCCAUGAAGGCAUGUCUUGGAAACUAAAGGAAGACUGUGAGAGCAGUGUACUCAUGAAAGUUAUGUUGAAUGUUGAUCAAGUAUUCAAGUUUAA